AUGAGCUACAGCGCGGAGCCGGCGGCGCUGGCCGCCUCCUACCGCCACCUCUUCGCCGAGACCCCGCGGCGCUCCGAGGGGGCGGCGGGGCGUUGGGCGCGCCCGGGCGCGGAGCCGGGGCCGGGGCGGGCCAGCGAGAAGGAGCAGCUGCAGGGCCUCAACGAGCGCUUCGCCGGCUACAUCGAGCGGGUGCGGGCGCUGGAGGAGCGGAACCGGGGGCUGGCGGCGGAGCUGGCGGCGCUGCGGCAGCGCUCGGCCGAGCCGCGCCGACUGGGCCAGCUGCUGGGCGGGGAGCUGCGGGCCCUGCGCGCCCGCCUGGAAGAGGCGCACGGAGAACGGGCGCAGGCGGCGCUGGAGCGGGCGCGCCUGGCCGAGGAGACGCAGCGUCUGCGGGCGCGCUGCGAGGAGGAGGCGCGGGGCCGGGCCGAGGCGGAGCAGGCGCUGCGGUCCCGGCAGCAAGCGGCCGAGGGGGCCGCCCGCGCCCGGGCCGACCUGGAGCGGCGGGCGGCGGCGCUGCGGGAGGAGCUGGCGGCGCUGCGCAGCGCCCACGCCGAACAGCUGGCGCAGCUGGGGGCCGCGCUCCGCGCCGCCGCUCCCCCGGCCCCGGCCCCCGCGGGGCGCCCCGACCUGGCGGCGGCGUUGCGGGAGCUCCGCGCCCAGUACGAGGCGCUGGCGGCCCGCAACCUGCAGGCGGCCGAGGACUGGUACCGCGCCCGCUGCGCCCGCCUCCACGAACGGGCGGCCCGCAGCCAGGAGGCCGUCCGCGCAAGCCGCCGGGAGGCCGGCGAGUGCCGCCGGCAGCUGCAGGCCCGGCUGGCGGAGAUGGAGAGCCUGCGCGGCGCCCAUCAGUCCCUGGAGAGGCAGCUGCAGGAGCUGGAGGAGCGGCACAGCGCCGAGGCCGCCGGCCUGCAGGACACCAUCGGGCAGCUGGAGGAUGACCUGCGAAACACCAAAAAUGAGAUGGCUCGACACUUGAGGGAGUACCAAGACCUGCUUAAUGUCAAGAUGGCGCUUGAUAUUGAGAUAGCUGCCUACAGGAAGCUGCUGGAGGGAGAGGAGACUCUCUUCAACACAGGAAGCGUCAGCCUUUCAGCUCCCAAUCCCCUCCCCAACCCCACUUACUCCUUCCAGCCAAGAGGCUUUAGUUCCUCUACUCUGUCCUUCAGGGAGGAGGAGCAAGGAGAGGUUAUUACAGUGACCUCUAAAAUAUCAACCAGCCGGGCUGAGGUGAUUGAGGGGACCAUAACCUCUGCCAAGAAAAGAGGGAGAUUGAACCUGCAUGAAGGAAUCCUUGGGAAUGCAAAAAUGUAACCGUCAGGACCCCGUCCAUUUUGCAUUUGAGGGGGAACAGUCUCCACUCGGCCUUUAAAUUGCUCCUCUGGGCACGAAGCCACGCCGGGCUCGCGGGAAGCCCCCCCUUAGAAACACAUAACCCCCCAGGGACACCGACCUGGGGACGGCUUCCUCGCGGGUCCGGCCGUGCAGAGGCCGAGCUUGGCACAUUGCUCCCUUUUAAAUGGGGCGAGGCGCGGGCGGGUAGAUAGGUGCAUGUUGGUCGUUGUCGUCGUCGUGGUGGCACAGUGGGCUCGUAGCACCCACCACCCCUCCCUCCCUCGGCAGGCGAGGGCGGGCUGGCUGGGACUGCUGCUCAGCCGGCUUUGCUGGGGAGGGGGGAGGAGGGAGGAGGGAAACAAUUCAGCUAUAACUAGUUUCAAGGAUACAGACUUUCAUCUACUACCCAAAUCCACAUAUAGCUAAACUCUUGCCCGUUUCUCAAGAUGUAGCCAUCCACUUUUACUCCCAGAAGCACAGAAAUAGCCAUACUGGACUGUAAUCACACCUGACGUCUGGUCUAUGAACCACUUAGGUUUUAAAUUACAAGGAAUGUUCUUUUUUUUUUUUUUCUGUCCUGACAACUCUUGCCUGGUUUCAGCAGCAGCGUUAGCCCAGGCAGGCGUGGGGGGGUUUGCUAGCAGCAAGCGCAGGGCAGGGAACCGCUGCAUCAGAGCUGAAGGCACCACCACGCCGUGGGGCACAGAACCUUGUCUGGUGUCACUGGCUCCAAAGUGAUGGGGUCUGCAGGGCCCCUUGUUUGGCUGCACAUUCGUCACAUGAAAAAAACCCCACGCUCACAUUUGCAUUGUGUCCCAGCCAGCGCUGGGAAGCCACAGGACUCCCGAACACCAGCCUGCAAAGCAUCCUCGUCUCCGCUCUAACUGUUCCAACACGUGCCAAAUUUGAUAUAGGAUUAACAACCAUAGGUUUCCUUCAAUGCCUUAAAAUUGCCAGCAAUCGCUUCUGCAAGAGCCGGAGACUCUGUGUGUGCGUGUGUUGCGUGUCAGGGCCCUGGCAAGGGUGUCAUCACGAGACCUCACUGCCCUCGCGGUGGUGCCAGAGUAGUUCCUGGAACCAGCAAAUCGUUUGCUCGCACUCUUUCCUCUUCUAUUGUAAGGCACAAGUUAAUAAUUAAAAAGAAAGAAAUAAGUUAUGUGG